UAUUUGAAUGUAUAUAUACAAUAUAUUACAAAAAGCCUGUUAAUUCUAAAGUUUCUAAACUAACAUGUCAAUGGAGGUUACUGGAAAAAUGUUUUGUAAGCCUUGCGGAGAUGGCACUAAACGUGUACCUGCAAACGGUCUAUGUCGCGAUUGUGAGGAACAUAUGUGUAUAGCGUGUUUCGGAAACCACAAAAAAUACAAAAUUUGUAAAGAUCACAGAUUGGUUGAUAUUGAUACAAAAGUUCUAGACAUUAGUGAGGCAACAGAAGAAAAGUUCGAAAAUUGUCUGAAGCACAAAAAUGAAAAAAUAAAAUUUUAUUGUUCAAGCCAUGAAGAAGUAGGCUGCGGUGACUGUACGAUAUUAGAACACAAAACGUGUAAUGUUGAAUAUAUACGUGAUGUAUCCAAAACGUUUAAGGAGAGUAAGGAAUUUCAAGACAUUGUCAAAGAUGUUGAUUCUUGUCAGAAAGAAGUGACCAAAUUCUAUACAUCAUUCACUGAUAAUAAGGUACAGGUUGAAGAUAUAUAUCAGGGAUUUCUUGCCGAUAUUAAAUCAUUCCGAGAUGAAAUAAAUAUCCGUCUAGACAAACUGGAAGAAGAAUUGGUUCAAAAAGCAAAAGAUGCUAAAACAACCGAUACGCUUUUAAUUGAAUCACUUGAAACAUCAUGCGAAGAUCUAAAAAAGGAGUUAUCGCAAAUAAGUGAUGAACUUGUGUCUAGAACUGACGAACCAAACACAUUAUUUGUCACUGCAAUGCGGUGAAAGCGUGUGUUAAAGGGAAUUAAGCAUAAACUCUGUAGUGCCAUUCUAAAUAACUCAGUUAGCAAUUACCGUUUCAAAAGAAACAAUAAAAUUGAAGAAGUAUUGGAACAGGUUGGACUUGGGACUAUAGUUUCAAUGCACGAAGAAAACACACCGGAACUGGAUUCUCUAGAUUAUGAGGAACCUAUUACGUUACAAGCAGAACUGGGAACCAGCAGCAGUACAAUAUACGAAGACAAUAUAUCAAUACCAGAUUCCCAAGAAUAUGACGAGGUAUUUUAUGAAGAUAUUCCAGUGAGAGAAAGUCUCCAUAAAAGAAGAUCAAAAGGUCGAACGUCUUGGUCCUUAUUUGAAAGCCAGCUUAGAUGUGAAAACCUUCUUAUGGCUGGAGAGUACCUCAGUUUCAAAGACAUCAGACAAGGAGAUAUUGGCUUAUAUGUCGGGAAAAGGGCCAUUAAAACUGGCACAUACUUUGAAGUUGAGGUAAUAAACAGCGAUGACAGAGGCAAUAUUGCCAUAGGUUUUGUACCGAAGGGAAAUUCAUUAAAAGAACAGCCUGGAGAUGGAUUAUUCUCAGUAGGAUAUCAUGCUAAAGACGGAUGCAUACAUGACCAGAGCACAACAAGGGAACGCAUAAGUCCUCCCAGUAAAGCUGGUGACGUCAUCGGUGUCGGCGUAUCGUCUUACUUAUCGAAUGUGUUCAGGACAAAAAUAGAUAUUUUCUUCACCAGAAACCGCCAAAAGAUACGCGUACUAGAGAUAAACAAUCCACCGUUUUGCAAAGUGUACCCAGCAGUGGGACUGAAAGCUUCUGGUGACAAAGCAAGAGUAAUUCUUGACGCGGUAGAACCAUAAACUAGGCCACAUAAUACAAGUUGUGCGAAGUAUUACCAAUUUCCAUACUCAGGGAGGAAUUCGGCUGAAGUUGAAGUAUAUACGCUAAAGAGACGUGAAGAACUAAUGGCAUGCAUAUUUCUUUAUUGAAUUAUCAACAAUAAUUAUUGUUAAAGUCGUAGACAUGUGCUGGACAGCUUAUUCAUUCAUAUGUCAUGUCAAAGUAGCGUAAUUGCUUGCUUCUAGGACAGAAGUGGCAGAGUAUCUGCUCUCGCAGCAAGUGAAACUGAGGUUAUGCUAACGAGGAAGGCAGGACAACUUAUUUACAGAUCGAACAUUUAUUUAUACAAUUUGUAAAAAAGACAACAUUUUUGUUCGUUUUUAAAGAUAUCCUGUGGCUAAAAUAAUUUAUAUUUAGAUAUUUACUUCAAAUGUAGAAAUUCCUCAUCAAAUAUAUAUAACUUUACUAAAUAUAUAAAUUAAAUAUAUAAAUUAAUUGGUUAUGUAGAGCUUCAUUCAUAAUUCAAUGUCAGUUUUUAAGUGGUAGUACAUAUUUAUACUGUGUUCCGCUAUAUAUGUAAACAGUGUAUACUGUUUUCAACCUAAUGCAUAGCACUGUCAAUAUACGUAAACUUGGCUAUUUUAUGUUUACAUAAAAUAUACGUAGUAUUUUCGCUCAUGUUUUCCAAUAUGAUAUAUGGGUCAAGUAUAUCUUUAACAUUCAUUAAUUGUAUUUGAUUCAUAGAGGAUAUUCAAGUUGGUUUUCAUAAAUGAAGUUUUAUCACAAUUUUCAUUUACCAAUAUGACAGCUCCUAAAUUUGAUGUGUGUAAAUUUGACAUGGCAACUGGAGAAUAACAAACUGGGUAAUGCGUAUAAAUUGAAUUAUUUCUGGCGUCAAUUCUUUAUGUUCAUGCGUGUAAAUUGCAUUAUUGCAAGUGCGCAAUUACUAGUUACAAAUAGCAUUGAAUUUCACUGAAAAUUCAAAAUAUCUGUUUCGAACUUUUUAUUUCUUUCUGUCGUAUUUCUGUGUUAGAGUUUUCCAAUGUGUUAUUUCUUUUCAUUCUAAUCACAUAUUUAACUUGCAAAAUAGACCUUACAAAACAGCAAAUACCGGUUCCCUUUAACUUUUGUGGGUGCAGCGUUUGCAUUAUUAUGAAUCUUGAUUAAAGUGAAAUUUGCGCAGUUUCAAAGGUAUGGUUAUUUUAACAACGAUAGAAGUGAGCCCGAUCUAGAUAAUUCGGUACGAUUUCUAGGCUUUGUUCAAGAAGUCAAAACUUCGUUGUCACAAAUGAAACUAAAUUGAGAACAAGUUUCCAAUCAGGGUCGAACCAGACUAUCAGGUCCAACAUCAUAGGUCAGAGGCCAGUAAUAUUCUCAAUAUAUGAUUUUUUCUCGGUAGUCAUGGUCGAUUCAGGAAUCUAAACGACUAUGUUAAUUAAGUCAAACUUUGGGUCGAACCAGAAGGCUUUGUCAGAACCAUUACCCUACUUCACACGACAGGUUUGGUAACCUUAUGAGACCCCAACGAGCUGUGAAGACAUUCUGUUGACUCCUAAGUGGUCUAAAUAUAGAGUAAAGAGAUCUAAGAACACGUAUACAUUAAAUAUAGAUAUAUAGGAUGAAGUGAGUCAAAACAUUUAAAUCUAACAGAGCGUCUUAAUUAACAGAAAUCGACUUUAAACUACCAUAUUCAUUCGUGAUCAUUUUCACAUAUGUACGUGGAACUCGUGUUGAAAUUCAUGUUUUACCAAAUCCAUAGCAUGUUACAUACAACUGUUGUCAACUACGAAUUCAUGUAUCACGAUUCCCCUAAAAUUGCCAAGAUUUUUUCUAAAUUUUAUAUCCUAUUUAUUAAACUCGUUUUCUGAUCAAAAGUAGGCGUAUCCCAAUCUCAUGUUUGAUGCUGCAUUAUCAUUCUACAAAACCAGUCACCAUUUACUUAUUUUGGUACGAGGGAGUCACCGAAAGUAAACCAGACAGACUGUUAUGUAAGAAACCUCGUGUGACAUCAAUACGUCAACGUUUCUAAUUACGUCAACGUUACCUACGAAAGCGUUUUGCGACGUAACAAUCAACUCAGACAUUUUACUUGAAAUUCCUGGUCUAUAUGCUUACCAUUUAACAACGUGUUGGAUAUUUCUGUCCAGCUAUUGAAUAUCUGCAUAUCCGAAUAAAAUCAGUCAGAGUUUCAUGAGCGAUAGUCUAGUAGCACAGAAAAAAAAACAAUACUGGUACCAGAACUGAUAAAUAUACACAUUAUCACAAGAUUCUUACUGGAAUGAAUUCUUUCAUUGGUAAGAAGUAGCGUUGAGUGAAUGUCGUAGUAAUAGGGGCUUCUAUCGACUUAAAGACCUUUCAGAUAAGGUCAAAAUAGUAAUAUUUUCUACCUUCAAACACUUCCCAGUCGAUGACAUGCCCUGGUCACUAGAUCUAACACAGGUACUUGAACAUCAUCUCCAACGGUGAAAUUGGUCUGCACCUAUAAAUUGAUAUAAUUUCUAUUUUUCCACUUUAAUCAUUUCAUCAAACUUCCGUACUAGCUCUGAUUACUGAGGAGAGGAGAAAAAGUUUGAAUGGCCUCGUGAGUAGACUUCCUCUCGUCCCUAUGUUUGUUCUGUCAUAAGUUUCUUCAUUAACAGAGGAAGUAACUCCAGCAGAGUAUUUCUAUAUUAACUUUUUUAUUGCCCCUGACUCCGAACACAGGUUUAGCCAUCAGAAAAAGUGUUAUUUUAGAGGCUUAGAAUUUACUUUAGAAAAUAUUUGCAGUAUUAAAAAAGUAACCACGCAGCCAGGAAGCCAGGCUACCUCAUGAAUUUUCUCCUAUGAACAAGUACUCUUUCACAAAACGAUAUAGGUGUGCAGUGAACUUAAUAAAUUAUUUGAUUUAGUAUUGGCUAUAACAGUGAUAGAAAUAACACAGAUUGUUUUGUUCUGUUUAUGAGGAGAUCUCCGUCAAUAUAUUUGUUUGACAUAUAAAUUUAUUCUUUUUUGGCGACGCCGUCUAAAUUCGUUUUCGUUACCUAUGCCAAGUGACUUCAGUUUGCAAAUCAAACUACUUUAUAACUCAUUAUAGAUAAUUUAUCAAAAUGGAAGAUUUAUGCAACACUCUGCCUGAUUGGACGAGAGUGUCAAUUUCUUUCACUCUGUUGAUUGUGCUACGCUGAGUGAAAUGUAGACAAAGCGUUUAUCCUAAACGACGCUGUUCACAGUUUUAAAGCUAACUUUGGCUCAGUAUAUUUAGCAAGAAUAUUGAUAUAUCUCAAAAUGAUAAGUAAGUUUAAUAAAUAUGAUAAAAACCUGUUCAAAUACCAACAUAUAUCAAAUUAAAGAAAGAGCUGAAUACGGUCUGCGUAUCACAUGAAUAAGGGUGUGAUAAGAGUCUUUAAUGUAGAGAAGUGCUUUUUAAAAGAUUUUCUUUGUUACAAUUGUCGUCUUUAUAUGAAAAGGUUUCUUGCUUUUUUGACUUAUUCAGAGUGCAUAUCAAAAUGAGUACUUGUUUGCUUUAAUAUAUAUUUGUUAUAAAUUAUUUAACUGAUUUAUUAUAUAUGAAUAUUUUUCUUUAGUAUGGUAUGCAAAUAUUGAACUCAGUUGAAAUCUGUUUUAUUAUAUAUAUGCUAUAUAAUGACUGAAUCUCAUUACACUGAAAUGAAGGUACUCUGCAUACAAUUUAUCUAUGUGAUAUGACUACGGUCAAACUUUGCUCAUGAAACGGAAAUAUUAAAAUAAUUAAAAUUGUAUGUUUUGCUUGACCUUCACAUUUUUAUUGGUGUGACGUCAUUGUCCAAAGAUUCACGAAUAGCGAAUAUGCAUUUGUUAAAGCGGGAUCAG